AUGAACACUGGAACAACAUUUCAUAUGGCAGCUUUUCAGACCACUCCAUGGAGGCUGAUUUCUGGGGUCUUAGGAGUAAUGUGCCUUUUGUUGGUGGCUGCUUUGCGAGUUUUGUUGGAAAAUUCAUUUACUAAACAAAAUGUUCAGCCGACAUUCUCUCCAGGACCCUCCACAGAUCUCCAGGAAGAAUAUAAUCUUCAUGAGGAAGAAGGGUCAUGUCUGAGUCUCUUAGGAUCUGGCAGCUGUUCUUGCCGAGAAAAGUGGAUUGGCUACCAAUGCAGCUGUUACUUCCUUUCUAGUGAAUCAAAAACAUGGAAAGACAGUAGAAAUUUUUGUGUUUCUCAGAAUUCCAGUCUACUUCAGAUACAAAACAGAAAUGAACUGCAUUUUGUGGACUUCAUUUCCUAUUAUUACUGGAUUGGACUCUCUUACAGUGAAGAACAUCAUGCCUGGUUGUGGGAGGAUAAUUCUACUGUCUCCCAAGAUCUAUUUCCAUCCUUUCACCCUCUAAAUCCAAAGAACUGCAUAAUAUACGGCCCAAGCGGAGAAGUUUUGGAUACAGACUGUGGGAGUCAAUAUCGUUAUGUCUGUAAGCAACAGCUUAUUUAGAUGUCUCU